AGACAAGGAACCGGAGCUACAAAUGGAAAAGACAAGACAUCUGGUGAGAAUGAUGGGCAAAAGAAGGUCCAAGAGGAGUUUGACAUAGACAUGGAUGCUCCAGAGACAGAGCGGGCGGCCGUGGCGAUACAGUCCCAGUUCAGAAAAUUCCAGAAGAAAAAAGCGGGGUCCCAGUCCUAGUAGCUACCUCACAGCGUGGAAACAAAGCAACCCCGAAAUGAUUUAUCGAAGAAAAAAAAACCCCAGAAAUAACACAAAGAUGCAUGUACAGAAACGAUCAGUAUUUAAAACCCCAUCGGCAGAUAACAACCCGUGAGCUUGUCGUGUGACUUCAUCCCCAGGUGUUUUCACGCCCAUUUUACCCUCUGUAACUCACCAUUUUACUUGAUGUCGUAAUAAAGAAAAGUUAGGGUGAAGUAAUUAAAGCGUCUGCCUUCAUCUGUCUCUUCAUAUUAAUGCAGCAAGUGCAGCGUUACAAAUGAGCCCAGCCCAGAUGCCUCUCCCCCCUCUCCCCACUUUGGAGCUCGGAGACACGAGAGCACCACCGUAUGUUGCAGGGUUUGUGCUGAGGGAUGAGAGCGCUGCUGCUUCCCUCAUUUGGAGAACUCCAGCUGCCAGCCGAAUGUGACGAUAAAAAUUGCUUUCUCCUUGAUGAGCUGGAAGUAAAAAAAAAAAAAAAAAAAGUUGCAGGCAGAAGCGGGCGUGAGGGGAGGAGCUGGAGGAAGCAGCGAGCGCUUUAUGGUUGUCUGUCUUGCAGUUAUGUCGAUAAAAGGGGGUUUUAAGUGGGGAGAUUGUCCCCUGUCCUUCCUCUUUGCAUGAUGACAUUCAGAGUUACCCAGCUUGGACCACGCUGACUGUUGUGGAAAAAAAAAAUUAAUUAAUUAAUAAACCGGACACAAAAUAACUUCGGAAGUUUGGGGUUUGAUUUUUGUUUGUGAAAAUAGAAACUGAAUCUCUAAACUCUGGUUUUGAUGCAGCUUUUCAGCCUUGAAAUAAUCAGGAACUGUUUCUAUGCCAUCUCUCUUUUUCAUAUUAUUUUCAGGACUUGAGGAGUAAAUCAUAACAAACUGCCUGUCUCCAUUUGGUCUGUUAUGGAUCAACUGUGAACCCCUUAAUUUAUCACUGUGUUAGCCCAGCUUUUGAUUAACAAAAAACAGCCACAACAAUGUGUCUUAAAUUGAGAAGUAUUUCUAUUUUCUCCCUGUUGUAAAACAGCACUAGACCAGUUUCAGAUCAAGUAAAGACCUUGUUUGCCUUCAGACCCAAUCAGGAACUGGCUGCCCAUAUGGAAGGUUCAGAGAAGAUUUAAUCAAGUACCUUGUACUCAGAGAAAAGGAGCUAUUUAGAUUAAAGUGGGACAUGAACUACACAGAGAUGGUU